CUCUUAUGUACGGCAUUGCAAACACAUCAUUCGUACAAAAGGCCCAUUGGGCUUUUAAUUUCAACUUCAGGCCCAACCAGUGUCUGUCUUCAAGAACACUCCAGAACUUCUCUCCUCCGCAUCAUUACGGUUUUCCUUUGGAGCUUCGUUUCACUUAUCCGUAAACCCUAAAUCCUUGACUUGAAGAAGAAGAAGAUGUCGAUCAUUCCGAUCAACGAUCGUCGCCGGCUAACUUCCGGCGACGACACAUGGGAACCGUUUGAUUUCGUCAAUUCCUUCUUGGAUUUCCCGUCGUCGUUCCCGUCACCGUCGUCCCUACUUUCUCGCCACUUUCCGUCACUUUCCCGAGAAAUCUUCCCAGCUUCAACCGUCGAAACGCAGCUGAACUGGACGGAAACCCCGACGGCGCACGUCUUCAAGGCGUACCUCCCCGGCGCGACCCAGGACGAGGCGAUCGUGUUCGUCGACGACGAAGGAUAUCUCCAGAUCUGCACGGGUGACAACAAGUUUAUGAGCAGAUUCAAGCUUCCCAGCAACGCCUUGACGGAUCAGGUGACGGCGUGGAUGGAAGGGGAAUUCCUCGUCGUGUUUGUCGCGAAGGAAGAUUUGGCGUCGGAGACGGGAGAGGAUCGCAAUGUUAGGGUCGUGGAGAUUACCGGCGAUGAUGAUUAAGCUUAAGUCGCCUUAAUAAAUGAUCUACUUAAGUAAAUUAAUCAUGUAAUUAGGAUCGGAAAGAAGUGUGUCCCGUUCUGCGUUUGUGGUGAAGAAGUGUGUGUCGUCUUGUAAUCUAGUGGCGCGUGUGAAAUUAAAUGUCGUAAUAAACAAUCUAAUUAAAUAAAUUAAUAAUGUAAUUAGCGACAGAUUAAGUGUGUUCUGUUCUGCGUUUGUGGUGAAGAAGUGUUUCGUGCAAUCUAGUGGUGUGUGUUACCUCACA